UGAGCUUCGCCCUCCCACUUCGUGAGCGUAGGGUGGCUGCAAGCGUCUGUGGCGUCACUGUGCUGUCACCCUGUCCUACAAGUCUCCGACGCGGACACAGCGCAGUGAGACGUCUUUACUUGUGACGUCGGCGGUAGGGCGGUGAACCUCAUAUUUUCAACUCCAGUAUGGUUUCCUGGAAAAACUGCGUCCGAGACCGAGUUCGAAACUCUUCCCGUUCGGCCUUCGGAGCUGAACCCAGCCCGGGUCCUGGGCCAGCGUGGUUCUGACCCUGGUUCCCACCUUACUGCGUGUUCUCGCCCACUGCGCCACCGACUGUAUCCUGGAAUGCCGGGUGUCUCCGCCCGGGACCUCUCUCAGGAGGAGAGGAGGCAGCUAGCUGUGAACCUCACCCGUGUCCUGGCACUCUACCGUUCCAUCCUGGAUGCCUACAUCAUCGAAUUUUUCACAGACAACCUAUGGGGCACACUCCCUUGCUCAUGGCAGGAAGCACUGGAUGGAUUGAACCCACCACAGCUGGCCACACUGCUACUGGGGAGGCCUGGGGAAGGGGAGGUGGUCAGGUACAGGUCGGUUUGGCCACUCACCCUGCUGGCCCUGAAGUCCACAGCAUAUGCCCUGGCCUUUACCCGGACGCCUGGCUUUCAAACCCCUUCAGAGUUCCUGGAGAACCCCAGCCAGAGCUCCCGACUGACAGCCCCCUUCCGGAAACAUGUCAGGCCCAAGAAACAGCAUGAGAUCCGAAGACUGGGAGAGUUGGUAAAGAAGCUGAGUGAUCUCACAGGAUGCACCCAGGUUGUGGACGUGGGUUCAGGCCAGGGCCACCUCUCCCGCUUCAUGUCUCUGGGGCUGGGACUGAUGGUGAAGAGCAUUGAAGGGGAUCAGAGACUGGUGGAGAGAGCCCAGCGCCUGGACCAGGAACUCCUUCAGUCUCUAGAAAAAGAGGAGAAGAGGAACCCACAGGUGGCCCAAACCAGCCCUCGCUACUGUCCCUACCACGUGGUUCAGUGGGUGGACCCCACAGCCCUGUGUGAGGAGCUUCUGCUUCCACUGGACAACUCACAGCAUGGCACUGCCCGAUUACUGCUGACAGGACUCCAUGCCUGUGGGGAUCUGAGUGUGGCCUUGCUGAGACACUUCUGCUGCUGCCCUCAGGUGGUGGCCCUGGCCUCAGUGGGCUGCUGCUAUAUGAAGCUUAGCGAUCCUGGAGGCUACCCACUGAGUCAGUGGGUGGCUGGGCUGCCUGGCUAUGAACUGCCCUACAGGCUCCGGGAGGGGGCCUGCCAUGCCCUGGAGGAAUAUGCUGAGCGGCUACACAAAGCUGGCCCUGGCCUCCGAACCCACUGCUACCGAGCAGCACUGGAGAUGGUCAUCCGACAUGCCCGGCCUGAGCUCCGUCGGCCUGGGGUGCAGGGGAUCCCCAGGGUCCAUGAGCUCAAGAUUGAAGAAUACGUGCAGCGGGGGUUAGAGCGAGUCGGGCUGGAUCCCCAACUGCCGCUUAAUCUGACUGCACUUCGGGCCCACCAGGCCCAGGAGAACCGCGUGGUAGCCUUCUUCAGUCUGGCACUCCUUCUGGCCCCACUGGUAGAGACAUUGAUUCUGCUGGACCGGCUGCUCUACCUUCAGGAGCAGGGCUUCCACGCUGAGAUCCUGCCCAUCUUCAGUCCUGAACUCUCUCCUAGAAACCUGGUUCUGGUGGCCACCAAGAUGCCCCUGGGUCAGGCUUUCUCUGCUCUGGAGACUGAAGACUGCUGACAUACCACAAGGAAGACCACUUCUGUAACCACAAGGGUGCCAGUGUGGCAGAGUGUAUCUCCUCACCAGAGCACCAGCAUCCUGCAUCCUCCCUGGGAUCCUAGCUCUCUACCAAUUUCUAUUUCAUAUUCUCUCUCCCUCCAUGUGUUAUGUAAUGUUGUGUGAAGUUCUAUUUUUAAUUUAUUAAAAACUGGGCUUGGGAGGUGG